GUGCGAAUUCGUAUCCGUCGAAAUGUGGCUGAGGAGGACCACCAGGCGCUGGCUGAAGUACUUGUCCUGCAGGAAUUUUCGGAGGAUCAUCCGAGAUCGCUUGAUGAACGCAUUUGAAUGA